GCGUGAGAUCGUAAUAAUAACUUUCAUGACAAGAUAUUUGUGUCGUUCAGGAUUGUAAGCUAAGACUGGAUUUUUACCUCUAUUCAGGCGUGUGAUGUCACAACAAGGGGCAACAUUGCAGACAUACAACAACGAGCUAGUGAAAUGUAUAGAAGAUCUCUGUACGAAGAGAGAUGAACUCCAGAAACAAAUACUCAACGAGGAGGAAGAGAAAGGAAAAAUUCAGAAUGACAUUCGUAUCCUCAGCGAGAGGUUGGCAAAAAUCAACGAAAGCCUGGCCAAAAAGAUAGCAUCCAGAAACGAGUAUGACAAAACAAUCGCCGAAACAGAAGCAGCUUACAUGAAGAUUCUUGAAAGUUCUCAAACUCUUCUUCACGUUUUAAAGAAAGAGACAGGAAAAGACAAGCCCCAGCCAAGUCAUAGUCAAGGGUCUGUGCGUGAUAAAACUGGAACACAAACAACAUAAACGUGUUCUUGGUGAAUGAUCCUUACUAUUAAUGUAAAGACAGUUAUUGGAAAGUAAAUUUUGUAGCACUCAUUGUACAUCUGUUGUUUUCUGCAAAUAAACACUAUCACCAACCAACAUGUACAAAUAUUCAUAACGUGAGAGCGUCAAAAUAAUCAGUUUUCAUUACCUUAAACAUUGUAACUUGUGUGGAUUUCAUUAACAUACAAAGUCUGCUUGUUUGUAGGUAAAUGAACAAUAGCCUACAUUUGACAUGAAAAUAUGCUUGGUUAGUUGAGCAUAUCUGAGCAUACAUUUAUUUUUAAAGUCAAAUGGGGGCUAUUAUUCAGGGCUGUCAUUAAGUUUUGACUCGCCCGAUAGUCUUCAUCUUCACAUCCAUGACAAAUAUAUUACUUCAUGGGUGAAUUGUUUCAACUACAGCCAAGGUCACCGGUUAUGACAAGGGCUGAUCAAGCAUGCUCAGCUGUAACAGGUACUAUGGGUUAUAGCCCCUAUUGACAUCCCUGCAUUGUAUUGCAUUUAUUAUUUUUCAAAAAUGUUUUAGCGUUACCCAAAAUAUUGGGGAACAUCACUCAGAAAUUCCCAAUUCUACAGUAGCUGUGACGUGUUUAGCCCAAUCAUGUGCAUUUGAUGGAUUAUAAAAGGCAAUAUUUACACCUAUCCAUGAAAAUCAGAAAAGACUUCUUCAAUAUCUCUGCCUUCUUAUCAUUAGAAAUAUUCAAAUUAAUAAUUAUUAUAGCAACAAAUUUGUACAAUGUUUGUCAGAUAAGUUGCAUAUACACAAUAAAGACACAGAUUCCUUCUGAUUGCCAUCAAA